GUUUAUUUACCGUAAUUGACGUUAUAGAGUUGGUCUAAAUGGGGAAAACAGUUUUAGAAUAUGUUAUCACUGUCUCAAUAAAGUCGCUUUUUGUGCGAUCGCUCGUAAUCGCAAAAUGAGUUUAACCGCAUUUGCGAAUAGAUCUGUUGAUAGAAAUAGUUGCUUCGGUUCUUCAAAUAAAGAGAUUGCUUUCAGAACGCUUUCUAACCCUGUUAAAUAGGUUUAUUACGGUAUCCAAAGAGAACUGAUGGUUCCCACUGGCUCAUCGACGCUGGGCUUCGCUCCGGGGAAGCCUCCUCCGCCACCACCUCAAAGCCAGGUCUCCAUGGCCGUACAGCUUCCACACCAGCUCGGGGAUGACGGGCCUACUCUACGGAAACUCGGGGCGAUGAACGAGCCGUUCUAUUUACUCAGAGAACUACCCGUGGGCAACGAGCUGACGGGCAACACCAACCUGAUCACACACUACAGCCUAGAACACGCCUACAACAAGUUCUGCGGCAAGAAGGUCAAGGAGAAGCUGAGCAACUUCCUGCCUGAGCUGCCAGGCAUGAUUGAUACCCUAGGCUCCCAGGACGGCAGCUCUCUCCGCUCACUGAUAGAGAAGCCCCCUGUCUGUGGAAACUCUUUCAACCCCCUGACGGGGGCCAUGCUGACAGGCUUUCGGCUGCACACUGGGCCGUUGCCAGAGCAGUACAGACUGAUGCACAUCCAGCCCCCCAAGAAGAAGAGCAAGCACAAGCACCGGCACCACCGGCCCCAGGACCCGCUGCCCCCAGAAACCCCGUCGGACUCGGACCAUAAGAAGAAGAAGAAGAAGCGAGACGAUGAUCCCGAUCGCAAAAAGAAGAAGAAGGAUAAAAAGAAAAAGAAGAACCGGCACAGCCCAGACCACCCCGGCCUGGCCAGCUCCCAGCCCAGCAGCAGCAGCAGCUUGAGGUAGAAUUGAAGGGGGGUGGGGGGUGGUGCAUCAGACCAGCUCUCCAUCCCUGGGACCGGUGGCAAGGUGGAGGCCUUUGGGAGCCCCUGGCCCUUCAGCCUUGCCCUUCCAAACUGAGGCCUGGCUGCAGAGUGGAUGUCCGUCUUCACACACACGUCUGCAUCUGUCUUUUGCCCAGGCAAUUCCCUUUUCUUUUUGUUUUAACUCUGUGAAGCAGAAGGAACUGUUGGAGACACUGAAUAACUGUGCAGAUGCACCGAAGCAGGAAGGACUUGAAGUUCAAGUCAUUUUCGGACUGGGUGCGGCAGAGACCGCGAGUCCACACACAGCUUUACUUUAAUAAAUUUUGUUAAUUAAACGGCUGUGCUCUUUUCUA